AUGGCUGAAGAAAACCAUCUCUUACCAUUCACUGAAGAUGAAUUGAGUGCAUUUAUACCACCAUCUCCACGUCAAAUUUUAAGAAUUUGUUUAAAUUUAAAAUAUUUAAUUGAUGAAAUUAUUCCAGUUCAAUUUGAUGAUUCUGCAGUUUUAUCAGCUGAUUCACGUAUUUUAAAUGAUAAGAUUGUGAAAUUAGCUUUAGAAUCUGCUGGUGGUAAAGGUGAUGGGAAACCAGGUUCUUCAUCAAGAAAAUAUAGAGCUGUCUUGGUGUUUGCUUUAUUAAAAGUUACAGGUUGGUAUUGGGAAUUAGCAUCCACAGAGAUUCAUGACUCUGAAUUAUAUCAAUUAAGAGCCUCUACAUCACAACAAUUGGCAAAAUUAAUUAUUGAUCAAGAAAAAGAUGAUAAAUAUUUAUUUAUUCAAAUGUUAUGUCGUCGUUAUGUUGUUAAUUUAAACACUGUUGAUUCAGAACCAUCAAACGCCCUGGAAUUAGCUGUUGAUAUGCAUUCCACUAUAAUUAUCGGUUCUUCAGGUUAUCAAAGAUGUAUGAAAUGGUUAUGGAGAGGUUGGAUUGUUCAAUCUGCUAAAGAUCCUCAAAGUUAUGUCGUUUAUAGAGAUGUUGGUAAAACUUCAUUUUAUACUCAUUUUGAUCCUGAAAGAAUUAAGACACCAUUUUAUCAAUAUUCAUUAGAAAUUUUCUUUUCAUUGAUUUAUUUAAUUUUAUAUACCAUUGUGGUUAAUCAAAGUGAAAGAAAAGCAACACCAAUUGAUUUUUUUGAAGGUGCUUAUUAUUUUUUCACUUUUGCUUAUGUUUUCGAUGAAUUAACUAAAUUAUAUCAUGUUGGUUUAAAUUAUUUAACUUUUUGGAAUAUUUUUAAUGAUUUGAUGUAUAUUAUUGUUUCUGCAUCUAUUGGUUUAAGAUUUGCAAGUUUAUCACAUCCAGUUGAUUCUCAAUUAAGUAUUAGAUUAGAUGAAGCUUCAUUUAGAACUUUAUCAUUAGCUGCUCCAUUCAUGUGGAUUAGAAUGUUAUUAUACCUAGAUGCUGAAAAAUUCGUUGGUGCAAUGAUUGUUGUUGUUAAGACAAUGAUGAAAGAAUCUAUAAUUUUCUUUGUCUUGUUAAUUGUGGUUAUUGUUGGGUUUUUACAAGGAUUUUUAGGUCUUGAUAGUGCAGAUGGUAAAAGAGAUGCCACUACUUUAAUUGUACAAAAUUUAAGUAAAACUGUUCUUGGUGCUGGUAGUUUUGAUGCUUUUAAACAUUUUGCUCCACCAUAUGCUGGUAUUUUGUAUUAUUUAUACAGUUUUUUGGUUAGUGUUAUCUUGUUAAAUAUUCUUAUUGCAUUAUAUUCUACUGCUUAUAGUAAUAUUUAUGAAAAUGCAAUUAAUGAAUAUAUGGCAUUAGUUGCACAAAAGACGUUACGUUAUAUUAGAGCUCCAGAUACUAAUGUUUAUGUUCCACCAUUAAAUGUUGUUGAAUUGAUUUUUUCACCAUUUGGGUUGGUUUUAUCAACAAAGCAAUAUCAAUUAUUAAAUUAUAGAAUUAUGUUGGUUUGUUAUUCCCCAAUCUUGACUUAUAUAGCUAUUAAAGAAGUUCGUGAUUCAAGACGUGUUCAAUAUAAUAGAAUUAAAGGAUUAGCAGAUGAUGCAAAUGAAGUUGAUAGAGAAUGGGAUUUAACUGAUGGUUAUGAAGAUGAUUAUGAUGGAAUUUUCUCAACAGAUGGUUCCACUAGUGCAAAUGAUCGUGUUAAUGAAGAUCUAAGAGCUCAAAUUUCUGCAGAAAGAGUUGAUCCAAAUUUCAAUGUUGGUAAACAAUGGUUUAAUAAAGUUAGAAAAAUUGCACCACCUGUUAAUAGUGGUAAUGAUGUUGGUACUGGUUGGGAAUUAUAUCCAUUAUAUGAAAAAAUUGAUCAAUUAACUAAAUUGGUUGAAACUGUUGUUGAAGAAAAUAAAAAAUUAAAAGAAGGUAAUUAG